CUAUUAACCGGAACCCCGAAGGAUUUCCGCCCACAAUUAUAAAUUUAUACAAAAAAUAAGUGUGUGUACAAACACGCCGCAAUAACACUGCACCGUGCCCGGAACAAGAUGCAACGAACGAGCCAGAGCCUUCGUGUUCACAUCCUACGCCGAAACCUGCCCACUACCGAACACAUAAAUACUACGUAUACCAACAAGAAAUGUGUCCCACUACUGGCAGACUGCACUACCAAGGCUUCCUCUACUUUCCAAAUCCACGAAGUUUUGACCAAGUUCGACGCGAAAUGGGAGGGCUAACACACGUAGAAGUCUGCAGAGACAUCACAACCUCAAUUAAAUACUGCACUAAGGAGGAAACACGAGUUGGAACACCUUGCGAAGACGGCCGAAAGCCCGAAUGCGCACGCGAAAAGGGUUGGUGGCAAAAAAUUAGCAUCGCCGCGCUAUGGGAGGAAGAGCCAGAAUGGAUGUUGAAGCAUCACUCAGCGGUAACUGCCUACCACAAACAAUUUAAAAAAGUCACGUUUGCAAGACCAACAUCUCAAGUCAUAGUGCUAUGGGGACCGCCAGGCACAGGAAAGUCCCACACAGCCAGAUCAAUCUGUGACAAUUAUUACAUUAAACCUACAGGCCAAUGGUGGGACGGAUAUUUUGGCCAGGAUUAGUGAUCUUUGAUGACUUUUACGGAACAGAAAAGUAUUGCGAUAUGCUUCGCUGGCUAUCCGAAGGGGUAGUAACAAGAAGUCGUACAAUAAUAACAGCUAUAAGCAAAACAACGAACAAUUGGUGGGUAGAUGCUUUCCACCAUUCAGCAAUGCUUCGGUCAGUAAGCUCAUUCCCACGUGAUCGGAGCCUUGCACAGUACCGCGCUGAAAGAUAACAAAGUGGUCACCCAGUCAGCGUG